AUGGGUGGCGUACGGGGAAUUUUGCUGGAUAGCUCAACUCUCUUCGCUGAGGAUGACUACCAAAUUGGAAAUGAAAAUGCGUCUCUUCGUCCCGGAGCGGAAUAUUUGCUUCGUAAGCUUCAUCACUCCAAGAUCCCCACGAUUGUAUGUGUACUGCCAUCAGAUAAUGGUUAUAUAGGCCCACCUCUUUAUAUGGAAUUUGCCAGAUUCUCAGUCAUGCCGGGAAUAUGUUAUGGACUUGGCCUUUCAGCUACUAAGGUGAAUCUCAUUGAAAGGAUGUCAAGGCUAUACACUUUCAGUUGUUUUCUCUUGAAUCCGCCAUCUGUGCAUGACAUUAUGAAUGAGAUUGCAGCUGCUUGGGUUGACAAUGGAGGGAGUUUUGUACUUGUAGUUUCUAAUCACAACAAGGACCUCUUUCUUUUUCUAAGCAAUAGUGGUUGGCUGACUGUCAUUCUAAAUGUUGAAGGUGGCAGUGCAAGUGAGGAUUCAAGCACAGUUUUCAUCAAUAAGUUAGCAGAGUUGCCCAUGAUUAUCUGCCACUUGAAUAGAAAGGUAGCCAGUAAUUCUUCUCCCCAUCCUGCUAAUUGUCAGGAAGGCCAUUUUAUUCUGGCCUUAUGCACUCAAGAAAUUACCUCGAGUUACUAUGAUAUUGGAGGAUUGUGAUAUACCACUUAUUCAUGCUAAUACUGUGGCAAUGCUUAGGGAGUGAAGCAACUCUGUUUUAUGGAACGAAAUUGAGAUAAGAACGAAAUUUAUGGAGUGAUACUGGUUGCCAUUUUCAUUGAGAUAAGAACAAGGGAGUCGUUUGGUAACGCUUUUGUUUUCUCAUCUUGAAAAAAAU